UGCCUGUGUGUGUGUGUGAGAGAGAGAGAGAGAUGCCAGAAUACUGUGUAACAGGAGGGACGGGAUUCAUUGCGUCGUACCUGGUCAAGGCGUUGCUGGAAAAGGGUCAUACUGUCCGCGCCACAGUACGGGAUCCAGAUAGUGAAGAGAAGGUUGGUUUCCUUUGGGAGAUGAAUGGGGCCAAGCAGAGGCUAAGGCUCUUGAAAGCUGAUAUAAUGGUUGAAGGAAGCUUCGAUGAAGCAGUGGAGGGUGUUGAUGGUGUCUUCCACACAGCAUCUCCAGUUCUCGUUGGGUAUGAUAAAAACAUUCAGGCAACUUUGAUCGAUCCAGCAAUAAAGGGCACACUGAAUGUCAUGAAGUCCUGCGCCAAAGCAAGUGCAGUAAAGCGGGUUGUGCUCACCUCUUCUUGCUCUGCCAUAAGAUACCAAGAAGACGUCCAACAAAACUCCCCUCUCAAUGAAUCGCAUUGGAGCGAUCCUGAGUACUGCAAACGCUUCAAUUUGUGGUACGCAUAUGCAAAGACAUUAGCGGAGAAAAAAGCCUGGCAACAAGCAAAGGAGAGUGGGAUUGAUCUCGUGGUGGUGAACCCAUCCUUCGUGGUGGGUCCCCUGAUUGCACCACAACCAACCAGUACACUACUCCUGAUACUGGAAAUUACAAAAGGUUUGACAGGAAAGUACCCAAAUACAACAAUUGGGUUCGUACACAUUGAAGAUGUGGUAACUACACACAUAUUAGCCAUGGAAGAGAUUAAAGCAUCAGGCAGGCUUAUAUGUUCGAGCACAGUUGCUCACUUUUCAGAGAUCAUUGAGAUGCUAAAGAGCAAAUAUCCAUCAUACCCAUUUGAAAACAAGUGCAGUGACCAGAAAGGAGAUGACAACCCACACAGCAUGGACACAAGCAAGAUUAAUAAGUUGGGGCUUCCCACCUUCAAAACCAUCCCCGAAAUGUUUGACGACUGCAUCAAAAGCUUCCAAGAGAAAGGAUUCCUGUGAUUCACAUUCACAUCAGUCCGAAAUUUUCUUCGAUAAUUGGUGUUGUACUCUCUACAUAGAGAGAAUUGAGUUUCUCUAGCAGUUGUAGAGAGAGAGAGUAAG